UAAAAAAUUUGCUUAGUAAAUAACAAUAAAUAUUAUGGAUAGAAAGUUGAGAAAGGCAUCCUACCAAAAAGGAUAUAGUUUGUUGAACAAAACUCCCACAGCUGCUGCCACAGCAAAUAAUAUCAAUGCUAUGCAAAGUGAUAAUUUAAUGCAAAAUUCAUAUGUGAUUCCAACAAAUACAAAUACUACCUCAAUGUCCCCAGUUAUAUUACCGCCAAUACCCGCUAAUCUAGCCAAAGAUGCUGCCGGCUUAAAUCAGUAUCAAACACCUCAACCAUAUCGUAGCACAAGACAACGUACCAAUAAUAACAAUAAUACAACGACAACAACUAUGCAACAGAAUGCCAAUUAUAGUGCAACUGUAACACAACAACAAUUACAGUCAACGAAUGUGCAAAAUAAUCACAUUAUCAAUAACAACAACAACAACAGUAUUGCUAUGAAUAAUCAAACAUUGAUGAGUGCUAAAGCAGCUGCCUGCAUUGCUUCACCUAUGGAACAGCUGGCAGCAGUUCAUGCAAAGGCUACUUCAAGUCGUAAUAAGAAUGAAGAGGCCAUAAACGACUUAAAAACACGCAUUCCUGAAAUCGAAAAUAUCUUCGAUAUACACAGUCGUAUUGGUAAUGGUACCUUUAGUACGGUACUAUUAGGUACUUUAAAAAAACAACGUGAUGUACCUGAACACUUAAAGCGUAAAUUUGCUAUUAAACAUCAUAUACCAACUAGUCAUCCCGAUAGAAUAAUGAAAGAACUACAGUGUAUGGCAAAAAUUGGUGGCACCGACAAUGUGGUGGGAAUUAAUUGCUGCAUACGUUGCAAUGAAUCGGUAGCUUUUAUUAUGCCCUAUUUGCCACACGAUCGUUUUCAUGAUUUUUACAAUAAAAUGGAUGUGGCCGAAGUACAAUUCUAUAUGAAAAAUCUCCUAAUAGCUUUGCGUCAUGUUCAUCGUUUCAAUGUUAUACAUCGUGAUGUUAAACCCAGUAAUUUUUUGUAUAAUAGACGUAAAAGACAAUUUCUAUUGGUGGAUUUUGGUUUGGCCCAACAGGUGACCGUGUCAAAUAAUAACAACAAUAAUAAUUUGACAACGAAAUUAGAAAGUCUAGCUUUGCCUGCACCUAACACUAAUGCUACGGCAGCGUUAGGUGUUGGUGAGGGUAAACGGAUACGUGAACAUGAUGAUAUAAACCUCAAAAAAUCUCAGGAAGUAGCUGUGGCUGUUACAGGUGCUGGUGAAGUGGUUAGUGGUACAGCGAAACGUUUACGCUGUACCCUAACGCCACAAGAACAACAAACACCAGCGGCCGUGUCAAUGGGUCCAACGACACGUGCCGCAAAUGCCGCCUUUAAUACUGGUACUUUAUCACAUACACCUUUUAAAAUGCCUUUAAAACAAAUUAAUGAGAUUCCUAACACUCCCCCCAUAGGAUCGAAAGGAGUAGCUGGUAGUAAUGCAAGUCUACAUGAACGUAAAUCUACCGGUGGAGCUGCUGCGGUACACACCCUGAGUGGGCGUUUGCAACAGAAAUUAAGAGCUCAAGGUGGUGCUGAAGCAGUACAACACAGCAGUACGCGUACUUCUUCGGCAGGCGGUAAAAAUACACCGCCCAUAAGUCAAGCAACUCAUAACAAUAAUACCGCCGAUGCUAAAUACAAUACCAACCGCAAUUUAUCCUCUACAAACAGUCCCAAAUGUUAUUGUUAUGGCAAUCCUCAAGUUUGUAAUAUUUGUCUGGUAAAGAAAGAGAUACAUGCCUCGCGUGCUGGCACGCCAGGCUAUAGACCACCCGAAGUGUUACUUAAAUAUCCCGAUCAAACAACAGCCGUUGAUGUUUGGGCGGCUGGCGUAAUAUUCCUUUCCAUACUCUCCUCUGUGUAUCCCUUCUUUAAGGCUCCCAAUGAUUAUGUCGCCUUAGCCGAAAUGAUAACAAUAUUUGGUGAUAAAGCUAUACGCAAAACCGCACAUAUAUUAGAUCGUUUGGUUACAUUAUCACAAAAAACUAAACCUUUAGAUUUACGCAAAUUAUGUGUGCGUUUUCGCAAUCGCGUCAAAUUCAGUUCUCCCAGUCUAUUAAAGAAAUAUCAACGUCCCGAUGGUACCUGUGAGGUUUGCAAAAAUUGUGAUCAGUUUUUCUUUAAUUGUUUGUGCAUGGAAACAUCAUUUGUAACCGAAUCUCAAGAUGAAGAUGAUAAUUUUCCUGCCAGUGCCUAUGAUUUACUCUAUCGUUUGCUGGAAGUUAAUCCUCAUAAACGCAUAACGGCCGAUGAAGCCUUAAGGCAUCCAUUUUUUCUGGAAUGUCAUAACAACAACAAUAAUAAUAAUAUAACUACCUCAACUACAAACUCCAGCCCAGUGACAUCAUCAGCUCUAUAUGCUGCCGCUGUGCCAUUAAAUACAGCAACAGCAGCUGGUGAUUCGGUUAAGAAAGCUCACAAUUAACCUUUAACAUCUUUAAGCCGUAAUUUAUGGAAAUUUAUUUUUGUAUAUUUUAAAAAAUUUGUAUUUUUUAUAAUUUUGUUUUUUCUUUUGCCAAAGCAUAAGUUUAAUUUAUUUUAAUUUUUUUUAGAGACUUUGUUAUUAGUUUUUUAAUUUUGCCUCGUUUAUAUUGUAAAAACAAAAACAACAACCUGCUUAUAUUUAUUAUUAUUUUGUAAAUCCUUAAUGUCAACAAAUUUUCCUUUGUAAUCAUUAAUAAAUUAUAUUUAUAUAUAAAUUUAAU